AUGAGCAAACAGGACAUGUCGCAGAUACAGGAAGAACGACGCAAAAGACCUCAGGAAUACAUGAACGACUACCUUUCCGAUAACAAUAACGAUAAUAGGUCGCAAGUGUCGCGGGAAAAUGGUUCACUGGCCUCCAGAGAUAAUGGAUCGUCUCAGCACACCCACAGCAACCACAGCAACAGCAACAACAACAAUAACGAUGACCGGUAUAUUCCGUCGCGAGAUUUUGCACCACAGCACCGAAUCUCGGCAUCAGCGUCGUACGUUCCAAGACAGAGAAGCGGGACUACCAAGUCUAAUAGUGGGGAAGACAACAACUACCCGGUCGCUCAAGUGGCUCCCAAUACGCAACAGAUGAUGCGCUCUAACUCUGCUGCGCAUUCUACAGGCCAUAGAAAUAGAGCUCAAAGCGGCGUUUCCACGUCGAACAUGAACCUACGUUCGCUUAGGUCCAACACCAACAAUUCCGGCGCUCAGGGAAUAGACCAGCCAGACGCGACGGAUGACCCUCGUGAUCCAGACGUACCGCUCAACAUCAAGCCUAAAACGCUAUACCAGAACCCCCAGACUCCCACAGUUCUGCCCUCCACUUACCACCCGAUCAACACUUGGUCGACCCUCAAACAAACCUAUCUUAAGGAAUUCCUUGCCGAGUUUAUGGGUACCAUGGUAAUGAUAUUUUUUGGCUGUACUGUGAUCUGCCAGGUGAGAGCCGGGCAGCAGCAACAGAGGGUCACUUUCCUCAAGCAACUGGCGGGCUCCACCGAUGUGCCCGCCGAAAACAAAAUCGAGCUAUUGCAGUAUCUCAUGCCCGUAGAUGUCACCGGCACUUUUGACGACAUUGCCCUUAUUUGGGGUGGUGCCGUCGUUAUGGGGUAUUUCGCCGCAGGCGGUAGUGCUCUUUCGGGUGGCCAUUUGAACCCUGCACUGACUUUGAGUAAUUGCGUUUACAGAGGGUUUCCUUGGCGUAAAGUCCCCAUUUAUUGGGCAGGUCAAAUGCUAGGAGCUUACAUUGGUGCUUUAGUGGUGUUCAUGUACUACAUGCCCGUAAUCCAGUAUGUCUACCCUGAUUGGAAUGGUAACGAGACGGUUUUGAGUAUGUUCUGCACUUAUCCAUUGGAAUAUCUCACCUCUUCACGCCAAUUUGUAAGUGAGCUGGUGUGCAGCGCGGUUUUGCAAAUUUCCAUGUUUGCGCUGACUGAUCCUUACACCUGUUUGAGAUCCGAUUUGUUCCCACUGAUGUUGUUCGUGUUGAUAUAUUGCUUGAUUGGAGCUACAUCGCUUCAAACUGGUGCAGGGCUAAAUCCUGCCAGAGACCUGGGUCCUCGUCUUGCCUUAGCAACUGUGGGCUUCGAGAGCAAAACCCUUUGGAAGGGCCACCAUCACUAUUUUUGGGUACCCAUUGUAGCGCCGUUUGUGGGGGUUAUACUUGGUGGGUUCAUUUAUGAUAUAUGCAUCUAUCAAGGCCAUGAAUCGUUCUUGAACUGGCCUUGGUCCCUGGUGAGAAGAAAGGUAAGAAGAUUGUGGACCUCUCGCCCUCGUUUCUACAAAAGGGAAAAUGACGAUAAUCAAAGCAAUGAGAGUGAUUGGGACUACGACAAUGAGAGUAACCAAAACAGUAAUCCUGAUACGGAAUUCGACGAACACCCUAAGACUGGCUUUUUCACAGACUCUGACCCGCAGAUCCAGAAGCAAGUGCAGUUUAAAAGUAUGUCGAGAAAUUUCAAUGGUGUAAGAAACCCUGUUUCGGGUAUUCCAACCAUAUUCGAAGAGGGAGGAGACGAUGAAGAUGAAGAUGGCGACGACGACGACGAGCCAGUGGGCGACAACAAAUACCGUAGACCAUCUUUGGCGAAAAAAAAGACAAAAUCUAACGAAAGGAAAGCUAAGAAGAAUUAA